CGCACCACCGCCCCCCCGGGCAGCCAAUCAGCGCGCGGCGCGGCGUUAGGCCACGCCCCCAGGGAAGAUGGCGGCGCUGCGGGCGCUGCGGUGGCGGCGGCGGCUCCCGGGGCUGGGCCCGAGGCGGCUCCUGGGGACCGGCUCCCCCGAGGAGCGGCCGCAGUUCCCCGGAGCCUCGGCCGAGUUCGCCGAGCGCCUCGAGUUCAUCCAGCCCCAGGUGCUGUCGGGGAUCCCGGUGUACCGGGUGAUGGACCGGCAGGGACAGGUGAUACGGAAAUCCGAGGAUCCUCAGCUGCCCAAGGAGCAGGUGCUGAAGCUCUACAAGACGAUGACGCUGCUCAACACCAUGGACAGGAUCCUGUACGAGUCCCAGCGACAGGGCCGGAUCUCGUUCUACAUGACCAACUACGGCGAGGAGGGGACGCACGUGGGCAGCGCCGCCGCCCUGGAGAGCAGCGACCUCGUGUUCGGGCAGUACCGCGAGGCAGGUGUGCUGCUGUACCGGGGUUAUCCCCUCGAGCUGUUCAUGGCCCAGUGCUACGGGAACGCGCGCGACCCCGGCAAGGGCCGGCAGAUGCCGGUGCACUACGGCUGCCGCGAGCGCCACUUCGUCACCAUCUCGUCCCCGCUGGCCACGCAGAUCCCGCAAGCGGUGGGCGCCGCCUACGCCAUCAAGCGGGCGGACGCGAGCCGCGCCGUCGUUUGCUAUUUUGGGGAGGGGGCUGCGAGCGAGGGCGACGCCCACGCCGGCUUCAACUUCGCCGCCACCCUCGAGUGCCCGAUCGUGUUCUUCUGCCGCAACAACGGCUACGCCAUCUCCACCCCGACCUCGGAGCAGUACCGGGGCGAUGGCAUCGCCGCCCGCGGGCCCGGCUAUGGUUUGCUCUCCAUCCGCGUCGACGGCAACGACGUCUUCGCCGUCUACAACGCCACGAGGGAGGCGCGGCGGCGCGCGGUGGCCGAGAACCAGCCCAUCCUCAUCGAGGCCAUGACCUACAGAAUCGGCCACCACAGCACGAGCGAUGACAGCUCCGCGUACCGCUCGGUGGACGAGGUGAAUUACUGGGACAAGCAGGACCACCCCAUCUCGCGCCUGCGCCACUUCCUGGGGCACCGCGGCUGGUGGGACGAGCAGCAGGAGAAGGAGUGGAGGAAAAGCUCCCGGAAAAUGGUGCUGGAGGCGUUCGAGCAGGCGGAGCGGGAGCCGAAGCCGCCGCCGCUGCUCCUUUUCAACGACGUUUACCUGGAGAUGCCGCCGAGGCUGCGGCGGCAGCGCCAGGAGCUGCAGCGCCACCUGGAGGCCUACGGGGAGCACUACCCGCUGCAGCACUUCCAGAAAUAGCCGCGCUUUUGGGGCGAAAAACCGCGAUUUUGGGCAAAAAUCCGAAUUUCCGCAAAUUUACCCCAAAAAUCUGUCCUGAAUCCAUCCCCAAACUCACCCGGAGGCCUACGGGGAGCACUGCCCGCUGCAGCACUUCCAGAAAUAGCCGCGCUUUUGGGGCGAAAAACCGCGAUUUUGGGCAAAAAUCCGAAUUUUCCCAAAUUUACCCCAAAAAUCUGUCCCAAAUUCCCCCCAAAACUCACCUGGAGGCCUACGGGGAGCACUGCCCGCUGCAGCACUUCCAGAAAUGACAAAAAACCCCGAAUUUUGGGGCGAAAAACCGCGAUUUUGGGCAAAAAUCCGAAUUUCCGCAAAUUUACCCCAAAAAUCUGUCCCCAAAACUCACCCGGAGGCCUACGGGGGGCACUGCCCGCUGCAGCACUUCCAGAAAUGAGAAAAAUCCCGAAUUUUGGGGCGAAAAACCGCGAUUUUGGGCAAAAAUCCGAAUUUUCCCAAAUUUACCCCAAAAAUCUGUCCCGAAUCUGCCCCAAACUCACCUGGAGGCCUACGGGGAGCACUGCCCGCUGCAGCACUUCCAGAAAUAGCCAAAAAACCCCGAAUUUUGGGGCGAAAAACGGCGAUUUUGGGCAAAAAUCCCAAUUUUCCCAAAUUUACCCCAAAAAUCUGCCCCGAAUCUGUCCCUGAACUCACCCGGAGGCCUACGGGGAGCAUUACCCGCUGCAGCACUUCCAGAAAUAGCGAAAAAACCCCGAAUUUUGGGGCAAAAAACAGCGAUUUUGGGCAAAAAUCCCAAUUUCCGCAAAUUUACCCCAAAAAUCUGUCCCGAAUCCAUCCCCAAACUCACCUGGAGGCCUACGGGGAGCACUGCCCGCUGCAGCACUUCCAGAAAUGACAAAAAACCCCGAAUUUUGGGGGAAAAAAACGGGAUUUGGGGAAAAAAUCCGAAAUUCUGGAAAAAUCCCAAAAUUCCUGCCAUUCCCCCAAAAAUGUGUCCCAAAUUCCCCCCAAAACUCACCCGGAGGCCUACGGGGAGCACUGCCCGCUGCAGCACUUCCAGAAAUAACCCAAAAUCCCGGGAAUUUGGGGAAAAAACGGAGAUUUUGGGAAAAAAAACGGGGAUUUUGGAAAAAUCCUGAAAUUCCGCAAAUUGACCUCAAAAUGUGCCCCAAAUCCGCCCCCAAACUCCCCUGGGAACAGAAACGGUUUUGGGAUUGGAUCCCUGGGAUCUGAGACCUCCGGGAAUGUCAGAAACACCCAAAAACCCCAAAAUCCGCGGAAAAUAAAGGAUUUGUUUCAGAAACACCCAAAAACCCAAAAUCCGCGGAAAAUAAAGGAUUUGUUUCAGAAACACCCAAAAACCCCAAAAUCCGCGGAAAAUAAAGGAUUUGUUUCAGAAACACCCAAAAACCCCAGAA